AUGAGUUUCAUUAAGUCUUCCAAUUGGCACCGCAAUAAUUUCGAGCGUAGAGGACGAGGCGGACGAGGUAGAGGAAGAGGUGGUUUUGGUGAAGCCAAUAGAGGGGCAUGGGGCCGCAAUCAUCAUAGAGGACCACCGCAGUACGGCAACAAAGGUUGGGGUGACUGGAGUCAUGAUUAUCGAAGUCAAGGAAAUCAGCAGUGGCAAAACAAACCUAAAAAGGACGCUCCUGAAAAGCGAUUGUCAGAAGAAGAUAUUGGUGUCACUGAAUUUGUCAGUGAUCAUGAAGGAUUUGGUGGCAUUAUUAAAUCUAGUAUUUCUGACUUAGUAGGUAACUUACAAACAAUAGCUUUAUAUUGUUGCUCGCUGCUGCUGUGCAUAGCAGAAAUAAAUGAAGAUGGUGAAGUAGCAGAAUUGACAGACGUGACUGCUCCAACUCCAGUAGAUGAUAAAUUUGAUGAGGAUGAGGAUCUGCUCUUCACAAAGUAUAAUCUUGAAAUAUUGCCAAUGAAUACUUGGGAUAACAUUAACAAGUUGGUGGUGACUAAAGAAGACCCUACUGCAAAAGUAGAGAUAGAUGUGACAGGCAUGUCAAAAGAACAAAGGACAAAAAUACAUGAUGCGGUAAAAAAAGCCUUUGGAGAUAGUAUUGUUGGAAGUACUGUUAAUGAAGGGGAUAAGAAAAUAGUUCGCUUCGUGAGAUACAGGAAAGGAGUUAUCAAGGACAACUUAAAUUUAAAUUCAUCCUCCUCAGUGCGUAUAGACAACAGAGUCAAGUGGACAUGGCCAGGGGAGUAUGUAUACUUCAUUGUGUACAAAGAGAACUGUGACACUAUGGAUGCAGCUGCACGCAUCGCAGAAAAUUUGAGAAUUAACAUGAAGGCGUCGCUGGUGGGGUACGCGGGCAGUAAGGACCGGCGCGCCAAGACGUCGCAGUGGUUCAGCGUGAGGCGCGUGGACCCCUGA